UGAUAAUUUAGUGGUGAAUUUAAAUUGCUUGCAUUUGGAAGGUUUUAGGUUCGAUUUUCAAUUGGAGCAAUAUCCUUUUGAUUACACGUUGAGUUUUGAUAUAACCAUCUUUUGAAAAAAUUUUGUGAGUUUGUAUAGUGUUGUUUUUUGUAGGGCUGUUAACUUUUCCUUUCCAUUACAAAAGUAAAUUCUUAUUUUAUAUUUGAUAAAAUUAAAUUUUCCCAUAAAAAAAACACAUAGGAUAGUGCUCCUAACCGUUGAUUGUUUAAAGCGGAAGCGAAUAGGAUUUACUCAAUUAGGAUUCAAAAAUGAUCUAUUGAUGCAGGCACGCCAAUAUGACCGUUGCCAAACGUUACAAAAAAUUCUGAAACUUGAAAAAAGUUGGCUUUAUGUGUGCGUAGUGCGUACUUACCGUUGCCAACAAGGGCCCCACUCAAUUCACAACACAACUAGUCUUCUUCAGCGUCCCCUUCUCGCCCGCUCCAUACCACCAACCGUGGAAUGGAUCCCUUCAAAAUCUAGACCAGUUCGACUUCAAUUUCUCUCCAAAUCUACCAAUCUCUCCUGGUUUCCUCUCCCACGAAAUUGAAUUCAGCUUUCUGGGUUUCUUGAAACAAUUUUCAAUUCGAUCGAGUCUGUCAAUUUCAUUUUCCUGCGCGAUUCUGUAAAUCUUCGGAGGCUAAUUAAUGGCGGCGUUGGCGCCUGGAAUCAUAUUAAGGCUUCUGAAUGGAAUGAACACAGGGGUCAAGCCAACCGGGGAGCACCGAAGUUCUUUAUUGCAGGUGACGGACAUCGUCCCGGCCGAUCUUGAUGAGAAGAAUCUUUUCCCUAAACAUGGAUUCUUCAUCAAGGUAUCAGAUUCUUCACAUUCAAUUUAUGUCAGUCUUCCCUCGGAACAAGAUGACUUUGUUCUUAGUAACAAGAUGCAGUUGGGUCAGUUCUUGUAUGUUGAUAAACUGGAACCAGGAUCCCCUGUUCCGGUUGUUAAGGGCGUCAAACCACUACCCGGCCGGCACCCAUUAAUCGGAACUCCAGAACCAAUAAUGGGUCUCAGAGAGAAAGGAGAGAGAAGGGAACAAAAGACCAGUUCAAAGGUUUCAAGUCACAGAAGAGGUUCUUGGGGAACAGGACCAAAUGGGACAGAUCCUUCUUCUCCCAUGGUUUUGAAGCCGGUGCCUCUAGAUUUCAAUCAGUGCACGCCGGUGAAAGAUCGUUCGAGUGCUAAUUCUGUUAAAUUUGGGAACAAUCCACAGUUGUCGCCGAUGAUAAGAAGUAGUAGAAUUAACAAGGAUGGAAUUGGAAGUGCUGGAGUUAGGUGUUCAUUUGGAGGAGGAUUGCUUGCUAAAAUGGUGGAUUCAAAGGGAGAAAGCCCUGCAUUGCUGAGGAAAAGCUGUGUUGCUUCUUCCUCUGCUUCGAAGUUUCCGCGGAGCAAGAGUGUCUGUGAGAGAGAGCCAAGAGUUCCAAUUAGUCCCUUCAAUUCAGCUGAAAAGAAAAGUACAACUCCACCUCCAAGUUUAAGGAAAACAAGAGCGGCAGCUUCCCUCAACAUGAAUUCAGAUUCACAAGACACUGCCAAUUCACGGAUCCCUUCAGAGGCCCAAUCUCAGUCUUGUAAUUCAGCCCCUGAUGAAUGUACCAGUCUGCCCAUGAAUUUGCCUGGAAAGCUUAGUGUAUUGGGGAAGGAAGCUGUCCAGCAGCGAGAAACAGCACAGAAGAUCGCCCUUCAAUCGCUGAGAGAUGCAACGGCCACUGAGACAGUAGUUCGAUCACUCAAGUUAUUCUCGAACUUGAGCAAAUCAGCCAAAGCAGAGUCACCAGCAAACUGUUUUGACAAGUUUCUGGAAUUUCAUCACCAAAUUGUGCAAGCAGUGACGGAUAUGGUGUCCAUUCAAGCAGCAACUGAAGUCGCAAACCUGAAAAGUGAGAGGAAAGAUGAACAACCACAAGAAGAGUCCCAAAUUUUACAAGAAGUUACAGACAAUUCAUUCGAUCAAUGCCGAAACUCAGAGCUAAAUUCAUCGAAGAGACGAUGUGCAUUGUACAAAUCAAUUGCUGCAUUCCCUGAAAGAAAGGAACAGAAGACAAACUCAGAGAAACUAUUGAGAAGUUAUGCAAACUCAAAAGCUUCAUCAGAAAGAAAAACACCGUCCACCCCACUUGGGAAAUUGUCUCUUGAAGCAAUUACUGAGAAUGACGAGAAUAAAAAACCAGCCUGUAGUAGUAGCUUGAGCAGUACAAUCAAAUUGGGUAAGCAGAUUCAAACAGAAGCUGGAAAUUGGUUUAUGGAAUUUAUUGAGAAAGCUUUGGAAGCUGGGAUGAAGAAAUCGAAAGUUGCAGCAGACGGGGAUGCUCGAAAAGUUCCUCAGUCUCUCAUAAUCAAGGUUAUCAAUUGGGUGGAGGUAGAACAGUGUGAUGGCAGUAAGUGGCCUGUUCAUCCUAAGGCAGCACAAAUAGCUCGGAAGUUGAGAAUCAAAAUGAAGAACCCUUGAUGAUGGGAUUGUUCAAUCAAAAACAAGUAAUAUUAACACUAGAAUUAUGUUGCAUUGGUCAUAUACUUCAUGUGUGUACUUGUACUUUGUUUUCCAUUUUAUGUUGUCCAGGCUAUCAUUCAAACACAAAACAACAUUGUGAGCGCAGGAUUCUUGUUCCCUGUUUUUAACAUUUCACUAUGCAACAUGGCUUUUGCCUUUUGGUUUGGCUGCUUCAAA